CCAUCAAAUAUAAAUCUAGCUUGUAUCGCUACCUAAUGAAGUUCGUGUGUGUAUCCGAUGCUCCAGUUAUUUAGCAGCUGUCUUUCUGUCCAUAUCGAUCGGGUCAAUGCCUUAAUGUGUUGUGCUCGCACGUUGAACAAUAGCAGAGCUGACGCGUGCCGCAGAUGGAUUGUGUGGAGUUCUCUUCCAGGUAAUUGUUGCCAUCGCUCCUACUGCUGUUAUAAAUAGCUAGGGCGGUGGCCCGAAAGGUAUCAGAGCCAACAGCUCCUUCAGCACAGUCAAACCAUCAACAACCAGCAAGCAAAAUGCACAGCCAACAACUGUCCCUGAUUUUUGGAGUGGCUCUAAUCUGCAUGGCCAGUGGCCUUACUAGCGUCACCCCAGGGACGACCACAAGGCGGUCCAUCAGCACUCUUCCUCCGAUCACCGGCCGUCCAUGGCCCUGCUCCCCGGCAGCAGUCUGUUCCCGAACCAGCCCCAGGGUCUGUGGCAGGACACCGCAGGGCGACUGCCAGCGCUUCAACAACAUCUGCGACUUGAUCCAGGCCAAUCGCGAGGCCAAGCCUGCCGGUAUUCGGCACACCCGCGACAUUGACUGCAGGACCGUGCGCGCUGUCGGUCCCUCCAACAGGCGGUCCUGCUGGGCAGCCUGCCCCGCACGUCCUGUGGUCUGCAGGAGAACCCAGCCCAGGCAGGAGAUCUGCGUGCGGACUCGCAACAACAGGAAGUGCAAGAUCCUGGCCAACAACUGUCAGCUUCGCAACCAGAACUGCUACAGCCAGCCGCGAAACAACUGGCUGCGCACGGACAAGCGUCGCUGCGGAGAGAUGCAACUGGGCGACAAGCAACGGCCCUGCAUUAACCUGUCAACAUCCACUGAACGCCCAACCAGGCCCACUCGCACUCCACUCCCCAUUAGAUCGACUUUAACUGCCUAAUGCUGUGCACGCAGCUGCUGACUAACCAUAGUCCAUAUAUAUCACUGCAAAAGCAAAACUUUCUUUUUUUUCAUAUCCCUAAUUUGUGUAAUAAACUAA